ACCUGCUGCCCCUGGACACCUGAUACCAUGUGGCUCCUGAUCCUGUUCCUCAUCCUGUCCCUGGGAUGGAAUGAUGCUGCACCUCCUGGUCAGUCUCGGAUUAUUGGAGGAUUUAACUGUGAGAAGAAUUCCCAACCCUGGCAAGUGGCUGUGUACCACUUUAAUGAACCGCAAUGUGGGGGUGUCCUGAUACACCCCAGCUGGGUGAUCACGGCUGCCCACUGCUAUAGUGUCAAUUACCAGGUUUGGCUGGGCCGAAACAACCUAUUAGAAGAUGAACCCUUUGCUCAGCACCGGCUUGUGAGUCAAAGCUUCCCUCACCCUGGCUUUAACCUGGACAUCAUAAAGAACCACACCCGAAAACCUGGGAAUGACUACAGCAAUGACCUGAUGCUGCUACACCUUAAAACGCCUGCUGACAUCACAGAUGGUGUGAAGGUCAUUGAUCUGCCCACUGAGGAGCCCAAGGUGGGGAGCACCUGCCUUACCUCGGGCUGGGGCAGCAUCACACCCCUCAAAUGGGAAUUUCCUGAUGAUCUCCAGUGUGUGAAUAUCCACCUACUGUCUAAUGAGAAGUGCAUCAAAGCCUACAAUGAUGAGGUGACAGAUGUCAUGCUAUGUGCAGGAGAGAUGGAUGGGGGCAAAGAUAUAUGCAAGGGUGACUCAGGAGGCCCCCUCAUUUGUGAUGGUGUGCUCCAAGGCAUCACGUCAUGGGGUUCUAUGCCAUGUGGUGAACCCAAUAAGCCAUCAGUCUACACCAAACUUAUAAAGUUCACCUCCUGGAUAAAAAAAGUUAUGAAGGAAAACCCUUGAGUGUCACACUGUCCCCUGGUCUCAGUAAAACCCACCAUGCAGCA